AGGAGGAGGCCAAGCGACAGAAGGAGGAACAGGACCGACUUCGUCAAGAAGAGGCAGACCUGCAGGCGGCAGCCGAACACCGGUCACGCCAGCGGGAACGAUUGUUCACGCGGGAGACCGUGAUCGGCGACGAGGCCGCACAUUGGGUGGAAGUGACAUCUGCAGACGGGGCCCCGGAGACUGAGAAAGGGCUGUCAGCCCUUGCGCAGGUCUCCCACGAACUCGUGGCCACCUGCACUCUGCAGCGGGAGGAAAUCCUUCACCUGCAGCAGACAGUGGACCAGAUGCUCGCACGGCUGYAGGCGUUGGAGAAACAGCCAGCUGCUGUAGCAGCCGCAGGGCCUUCCACCCUUACCACCCGUGUGCAAGUUUUGGAGGAUGACGUCAGCAACAUCAAGCGUGUGCAUCAGGACUUCCGGACGUCGCAGCAAGCAACGAACUUGCAGUUGGAGACGCAGGUACAGGCUGCUGCCACCGUGACGCCCGCCGCCGCAUCCUCCCGGCGCCCACCCAAACUGGAUGACAUUCCAGUUUUCUGCGAUCAGUCCAAGACGGAACCGAUCCCGUGGUGGCGCCAGUUUACUCUCAGGCUCGACAUGCACCAUGUCCCGAACAACGAUCGACAUCCGUGCUUGUACCACCGAUCUGGUGUGUCGGAACUGCACACCAAGCUCACUUGGCAGGAGUUGACUGACGCCUGGCACAAGCGAUUCCAAGUGGAGCCGCYCGACCUGCAAGCGAUGGACAAACUCAACAAGCUCCAUCAGAACAUGUUGCUCAGUCAGGACUGGAUUACCGAGUUCCAAAGACUCGCCUCCACACCUGACCUGCCGCUCGCAUUCCGCGCCAUCAAGCACUUGUUUAUCAUGCGCUCGUGUCCAACUCUGCAAAACGCGCUGACGCAGAUUGCAGAGACACUCGACACAUCUGACAAGCUUUUCAGCACAGCGUCACGGAUCAUUCUCACAAAUAUCGAAGCCCGCAACGCCGACCGAUCUUCCGCGACGACGAGCGGCACCCAGCCCAAGCCAAAGGUGGCUUGCAUUACUUCUACCGAGGCUGCAACACCAAACGAGGGUGAAGUGUUGGCAGCUGCCCGGGAUGGUGGCCGGCCGCGCAACAAUCAUGGCCGCGACAAGACGAAGACUCAGUCCACCUCUACACCGAGCACCGGAUCAGCCGCCGACGAACCUUGGGCACAAUACGGACUCUCGGCGUAUUCUUAUCGCACGAGACUCAAGUACCACGAAGUCGCGGUGGGGGACAUGCUUGGCUACGUUGCCAAGGUGGCCCGCGAGUUUGUCUCGCAACGGUACGAAGAAAACAACGCACCGUUGCUCUACGUUCGCAUUCAGAUUGAGCAAGCGGCCUGCAACGCUUUGCUAGAUUGCGGCGCAAUUCGCAACUUCAUCAACCAGUCCUUCAUGACUCGGGCUGGCCUUGGCGCACAAGUACGGAGGAAGUCACAUCCGACGACGGUUGCUCUUGCCGACGGUAAGACGAAACAACUUUUAGACCGUUACAUCUCGGCUGUCCCGGUGUACUUUGCACCGCACGCAUGUGAACCCGUCACUUUUGACGUGUUGGACACCGACUUCGAUGUCAUUUUGGGGAUGCCUUGGCUUUCUAGCGCGGACCACACGGUCAAUUUCCAUCGACGCACGCUCACGAUUCGUGAUGCAACUUGCGCCGAGGUCCCGUGUACUAUUCCUCCUCCUCGCUCUUCCAUUAGGUGCCAAGUCGUCAGUGCCAAAUCUUUUCGAGACACAUGCCGUUCCGAGCAUGUCGAAGAGAUUGGCAUCGCUUUGCUUCGAACUGUCCCGACGACCGAUUCAUCGUCCACAGAAGUGUCUUCCGACCCCCGUGUGACCCGGUUGUUAGACGAGUUCAAGGAUGUUUUUGAGACACCCUCCGGUAUAGUGCCGGACCGGCCAAUCUCUCACGAGAUCAUACUUGAGGCCGGCGCCGUGCCAUCGAAAGGAUGCAUUUAUCUCAUGUACGAGGAGGAGCUCACGGUUCUCCGUGCGCAACUCGACGAUCUACUCGACAAGGGUUGGAUAGGCCCUAGCAGCUCACCUUACGGUGCGCCCAUUCUCUUCGUUCGGAAGAAGAACAAGGACCUUCGACUUUGCAUUGACUACCGACGCCUCAACGCGCAAACCAUCAAGAACGCGGGGCCUCUACCUCGCAUUGACGAUUUGCUUGAGCGGUUGGGCGGCGCGAAGUACUUUUCGAAGUUGGACCUCAAGUCGGGCUACCAUCAGAUUUCCAUCCGCCCGCAAGAUCGGUACAAAACCGCGUUUAAGACGCGAUAUGGGCAUUUUGAGUGGGUAGUUAUGCCUUUUGGCCUCACCAAUGCCCCGACCCCCUUUCAGGUGGCCAUGACCACCGAGUUUCGCGCUAUGUUGGACCGCUUCGUUUUGGUCUACUUAGACGACAUCCUCCUCUAUAGCCGAACUCUAGAGGAGCAUCUCGAGCACCUUCGCCGUGUUCUAGAGACUCUUCGGUCAGCCCGGUACAAAGCUAACCGCGACAAAUGCGAGUUUGUCCGACAAGAGCUUGAAUACUUGGGUCAUUUUGUCUCUCCGGAAGGCAUUCGUCCGUUGGCGGACAAGAUUCAAGCCAUCCAGGAGUGGCCCGAGCUGAAGAAUGUGACGGACGUCCGAUCCUUCCUCGAAUUGGCCGGUUAUUAUCAGCGCUUCAUCAAGGGUUACUCGAAGAUCGCGGCCAACCUAAGCAAGUUACAAAGCGAGGAGCGGCCUUUUGACUUCGACGACGACGCGCGCCAUUCUUUUGAGACACUCAAAGCGGCACUCUUGUCCGCCGAGGUGGACAUGGUGUUGUACGGAAUGUCGACGGUUUUGAAAUUCGCAGCGCUUGUUUAUUUAAGAUACGCAGAGCCGGAGGCUCCCAGACCUUUCAGAAUUCCAGUUUCAAGAGGUGCUUUGGCAGCUCUCACGGUAAUUCCUGUGACUCUGUGCAUGGGCAUGAUUGUGUUCGCUACGGGCCGCGCUCAAGGAAUCGCUCUCGCAGGUGCCACCUCCACAGUGCUUCUGUAUAUCGUCAAAAAUGUGUGUUCUGUAUAUUUGUGGCCCGCUUGUCACACGGUGAAAGCGAAGCUGAUGGGUGUGCGUCAAAACACUCAUCCAAGUAUCACUCAGAAGCUGGUGCAAGAUGGUACUGGCCAUCGCUUAAGAGCCAUGCUUAGGCACUUACGGCUCUUGCCUCGCGAAGGAGGCUACGAGUCUGUGAGCGGACCUAGCGGCCAUGGCCGCGUAGUUGAUGAUCUUGAUGAUUCCGUGUGGAGGAGGAAUUCGCGGAAGUCCAAUGCAUCCUCCGAUAUUGUCACCGACAUGCGUACAGUUAGGAUAAGUGGUGCUCGAACUUCAAGGCGACACGAUGAUAAGUCCCCGGGAAAGUCCCCAGAAAUCUCACCCCUGCCACGCUCGUUUCAGUUUGAUUUUUCCACAGGUGAAGACAAUUUCUAUGGCCCAGGGGUCAGCACAGGUAGGAUGAGAAGAAUCUCAGUACUCUGACAGAUUCGGACAAAGAAAAAAGAAAAAACAAUUUCAUGUUGUUUGAACUUGUUUCCAUGAUACUAACAACAUU